AAGUAUCCAACUUGGGCAAAGAUCUAAUUCUCUGAUUCACUUCCCCGCAUGCCUCUGCACAGCCCAGAAGCCGACACAAACUGGAUAGGGAAACACGCCGGCAUUCAAGCCGUUCUGGGUCUCUCAUCUUAUGCAUCAAUCUUUACGCUUGGGUUUCUUGAAAUAAUUUUAUGCCCGCCGUGAAUGCUUGAUUUUAGCUUCAGUCAUAUUAAGUAGCCGAGGUAUGGAUUUGAUAGUGCAUACACAUCGUACCCAUGAAGGGUUUUGCUUAUUUCAACACUUCCAUGGAGAAAAUAGUAGAAGCAGCAGUGGUUUUGCUGGAGUUAGAGUUAGGGCUAAAGUUGAUUCAAGCAUGAAAGUCUCUCUAGGAGUUAGAAAGUUUAAACGGAGUCGGGUUUUUGCUGUUUCUGGGGUCGAAGCUUUUCGUUCCAAUGGUAAAGUUCAAAGUUUUGAUAAGCCGCCAAAUGGGCAGUUGGGAAAUGGGCACGUUCCUUCGAAUCCAAUGGAUUCUUUGCCGAAUCUGGGGGAAGUUGAAAGCAAUAAUCAUCUCCGUAAAUUGGUUAGGAAUGGGGAAUUAGAGGAAGGUUUCAGGUUUCUGGAGAGCAUGGUUUAUCGAGGGGAUAUUCCUGAUAUAGUUCCCUGUACAAGUUUGAUUCGUGGUUUUUGCAAGAUUGGGAAAACUAGGAAGGCAGCUAGGGUUAUGGAGAUAGUAGAGGACUCGGGGGCUGUUCCUGAUGUAAUCACUUACAAUGUGUUGACUAGUGGGUAUUGUAAGGCAGGGGAGAUUGAUAAAGCCUUAAGGGUUCUGGACCGAAUGGGUGUUGCCCCUGAUGUUGUUACAUAUAAUACAAUUCUCCGUGCUUUGUGUGAUAGUGGAAAAUUGAAACAAGCAAUGGAAGUUCUUAAUAGACAGUUGGAAAAGGAGUGCUAUCCAGAUGUAAUUACAUAUACCAUAUUAAUUGAGGCGACUUGCAGGGAAGGUGGGGUUGGGCAAGCCAUGAAGCUCUUAGAUGAGAUGCGAAGUAGGGGAUGCAAACCAGAUGUGGUUACUUACAAUGUUCUUGUCAAUGGAAUAUGCAAGGAAGGGAGGUUAGAUGAAGCGAUCAAGUUCUUAAACAACAUGCCAUCAUAUGGAUGCCAACCUAAUGUGAUUACACAUAAUAUUAUUUUGCGUAGCAUGUGCAGCACUGGCAGGUGGAUGGAUGCUGAGAGGCUACUGGCUGAAAUGGUUCGGAAAGGUUGUUCUCCUAGUGUUGUUACUUUCAACAUAUUGAUUAAUUUCUUGUGCCGUAAGGGCUUAUUAGGUCGAGCAAUUGACAUACUGGAGAAGAUGCCUAGGCAUGGAUGCACUCCAAAUUCCUUAAGUUACAACCCGUUGCUUCAUGGUUUUUGCAAAGAAAAGAAGAUGGAAAGGGCAAUUGAGUACCUGGAGAAAAUGGUGUCUAGGGGUUGUUAUCCGGAUAUUGUGACAUACAACACUCUUCUCACAGCACUAUGCAAAGAUGGGAAGGUUGAUGCUGCAGUUGAGAUACUUAAUCAGCUAAGUUGUAAAGGAUGUUCACCAGUUUUGAUCACUUACAACACUGUGAUUGAUGGGCUUUCCAAGGUGGGAAAAACAGAUGAAGCUGUGGAACUAUUGAAAGAGAUGCGAGCAAAGGAUCUCAAGCCUGAUAUAAUCACUUACUCUUCACUUAUUGGCGGGCUAAGCAGAGAAGGAAAGGUUGAUGAAGCAAUUAAAUCCUUUCAUGAUUUGGAAGGGCUGGGGAUUAAACCUAAUGCUAUCACCUACAAUGCUGUCAUGUUGGGACUUUGUAAGGCUCGACAGACCGACCGUGCAAUUGACUUCUUGGCUUAUAUGGUAUCAAGGGGAUGUAAACCCACUGAAGUUUCAUACACCAUACUCAUUGAAGGCAUAGCUUAUGAAGGUUUAGCAAAGGAGGCUUUAGAGUUGUUGAAUGAGCUGUGCUUAAGAGGAGUUGUGAAGAAAAGUUCGGCUGAAAAGGUGGCAGUAAGGAUGUAGCUUACUCUCUAUUUAGCGGGUUGCUUCCAGAUGCUGGUCUCUGGUAACUUAUUCCUUGGAUUGUUUCCUGUGCUUCUCUGGCAUAAUUGAUUUCAUAAGGGUCCUGCCUUAGUUCUUCCUGAUCUUAGUUUUUAACCGUUCACAAUGAGCGAAAUUGUUCAGUUUUGAUAGGUUCGUCUAUGUGGUUCUAAUAUUGGUAGCUAGCUUCAUGCCACAUGACUUUCACUGGGGCUAUCUCUUCUGGUUUUAGUUAUAGACACUCAUCCAAGUUUUUGCUUUCAUCUAUACCUUGCUGCUCAUCCUUAGUAAAAUGAUUUCGCCUGGUUGUUUGUUUGUACGUUGUUUAGUGAUAAAAAUUUGAUAUUACAUAUAUAUAUAAUUUUUUAUUUAA